UGUAUGUUGAAUGAACGAUGCCUAUGACAAGCAACUGGACUUUAUUCUUUCCUGACCCUUGCUCCUGUGACACAUCUGACUGCCACUGUCACCCCUUCAGAGCAGAACUUCUCUAGGGAACGUGGAAGGGAAACAGCUAUGGCCAAGGACAUCCUGGGGGAAGCAGGGCUGCACUUUGAUGAGCUGAACAAGCUGCGGGUGUUGGACCCAGAGGUUACCCAGCAGACCAUAGAGCUCAAGGAAGAGUGCAAGGACUUUGUGGACAAAAUUGGCCAGUUUCAGAAAAUAGUUGGUGGUCUAAUUGAGCUUGUUGACCAACUAGCAAAAGAAGCAGAAAAUGAGAAGAUGAAGGCCAUUGGUGCCCAGAACUUGCUCAAAUCCAUAGCGAAGCAGAGAGAAGCCCAAUAG